UAUUAGUUGUCUUUGAAUACAGAUCAGGGAAAAACACCAAAAUGUGGCGCUGGAUAGUUUUUGCCUAUUUCAUUAUCGAAGCUUCAGCGGGAACAUGCAAAUUGGCCUUUAUGUCAACUGCUCCUGGAGUUUUCACCAGAAAAGUCGGUUCUAACAAUAUCAUCUUGAGUGCCGCAGAUGGUAAGGUAUCCUGGGAUGACAACCUACUAAUCAAUGCAUAUUGCAGAAACGGCUUCACGGGCUAUUCGUAUUACACAUCAACACCGGAAAAAAAUCUGAUCCUGUCAUGCUCUGGCUCGACCGUCUACUACCAGACAUCAGAGUCCGAUUCAAAGAAUGAAGUUCGCUCAGGAUACAUGUCCUGUCAGACUGAAUCCACAUAUUAUGAAGCCACCAUCAGUGCAUGUAAGGAAUACGGACUUGCGUAUGGAUUAUUUGUUGGGAAACAACCCGUCAUCCUUGCUGAUGUUUGUUAUAAUUUGAACACAAUGAGGACUCAGUUUGUUCACUACGUAGCUGGACCACGUUCAUCAGUCCUUGAGGUUCAGAGCACAUUCAAUCCAUCAAAUACAACAAUUGCAUCCAAUGCCUCAGUCAAUGUACUUUUCGAUUCUGGGGCUAUCAAAAAGGAAAACAAUUCACUGGUAAAAACCGUCCACGAUGAAAUUCCCUUCUACGCUGAAAUUGUACAAUACCAACUGGAAGAACUAAUUCCUCUGGAUAAGUCAGUCGGCAUUCUAAGUCCCUACACAGAUGAUUUCAUUAACACCAACACAAUUGCCUGGUGGAAACCUUUGAAAUUUGGUAACUGGGAAUUAGUGCAGGAAGCCAUUGCCCAAGUUUCAAUGAGUUCAUCCUACGACGUAUUUGCUGGAACAUCGGGAGCUGUGAUGUAUCCUUUGAACAACAGAUGCUCAUUGAGUGACAAACUGACAUAUCGAAUGGAUCAGUAUCUUCGAAAUGUACCCUUGUAUGUUUGGAAUUACGUAAAAUCAAGGGAUGAUAAAACAGAUAAAGGAAUUAUUAUCAUCGGCGUGAAUUCUCCGUUCUUUGAAAGCGGGAAUAAAAGUGAUAUUCCUUGUGGAGACAUCUGCGACAACAUUCCGUGGCUCAGCAGCUUGAAAAAUGUCCGGAAAAUGCCAUCGCUUGGAUAUGUAUUUUGCUGCAAACCAGGAACUAUAAAAUUGGAAAACUUUCCAGAUUUGUAAAUCAAGUUAGUAUGUAGAAUGAUUUGUGAAGCAAUUUCUAUUAAAGGAAAAU